AUGCUCGCAUCCUCCUCUCGCGCUGCAGCCAACAUCCGCUGGGUUGAUACAUCCCACAAUGCUAUUGCCUUCGACAUGCACAAGUGCAUCAACUGCCAGGCUUGCGUUCGUGCUUGCAAGAAUGUUGCCGGACAGAGUGUCCUUAAAUCCGUAACGAUUGACGGCAAGAAGGGCGUUGUACAAACAGUUACAGGCAAGCCACUUGCAGAAACAAACUGCAUCGGCUGCGGUCAAUGCACUAUCGUUUGCCCAACACAGGCCCUCCACGAGAAGGACGCCAUCAAGCAGAUGAACAACAUCUUCAAGAACAAAGGCGUCCGCAUCCUCGUCGCCCAGACUGCCCCAGCCGUCCGUAUCAACAUGGCUGAAGGCCUUGGUCUUCCAGUCGGUACAAUUUCCACCGGCAAGCUCGUUACAGCUCUCAAGCGUCUCGGUUUCGACUAUGUCUUCGACACAAACUUCAGUGCCGACCUUACAAUUGUCGAAGAAGCCACAGAGCUCCUUCAACGCCUCAACGAUCCAAAGGCUGUUCUUCCAAUGUUCACAUCCUGCUGCCCUGCCUGGGUUAACUAUGUUGAGAAGUCCUAUCCACAGUGGAUGCCACAUCUCUCAACAUGCCGCUCCCCAAUUGGCAUGCUUUCUGGUGCUAUCAAGAACGUCUUCCCGAAGCACAUCGGUGUUGAUCCAGCCAGAAUCUAUUCUGUUGGUAUCAUGCCAUGCACAGCCAAGAAGGACGAAGCAGAGCGUGAACAACUCCGCACAAAGCAGGGAUACCACGAGACAGACCUCGAUAUCACAUCCCGCGAACUUGCAAAGAUGAUCAAGGCCGCAAAGAUCAACUUCAAGGAACUUCCAGACACAGAAUUCGACUCACCAUAUGCCAUGGCUACAGGUGGUGGUGCUAUCUUCUGCGCUACUGGUGGUGUUAUGGAAUCUGCUGUCAGAUCUGCCUACAAGUUCGCCACAGGACAGGAUCUCGCACCAAUUGAGUUCGUCCAAGUCCGUGGUGCCGAAAAGGGCAUCAAGGUUGGCACAGUCAACAUCAAUGGCCGCAAAAUCAAGGUUGCUGUCGCUCAGGGCGUAAAGAAUGCUAUGGAUCUCAUCAAGAAGAUCGAACAGGGACAGGAUGACGUCAAGGGAGUAGUCUUCUGCGAAGUCAUGGCUUGCCCAGGUGGCUGCGUCGGCGGUGGUGGCUCUCCACGCGCUAAGACAAAGGCUGCUAUGAACAAGCGUCUCGAUGCUACAUAUAGGAUCGACAGAGCUUCCAAGUAUAGAACACCACAAGAUAAUACUCAGCUCCAGGAGCUUUACAACACAUACUUGGGUGGAAAGUUCGGUCAUGGUAUGGCUCACGAAAUCUUCCAUACACACUUCAAGCCACAGCCAAUCGGUGCUAAGAAAAAUUAA